AUGGCACCGGGAGAGAGCAAUCUCGACACCGCACUGAGAGUCAUCGAGUCCGCACAAUUGACACCUACAGAACACUUAUUGCUGAAAGAAUUCGUGACUGAGGCGGUAGAUCCUGACAGUGCUGCUCGAUACGUUCUGCAGAGAGUUCAUAGUUAUUACAACUCACCGCGCCAUGUGUUGGAAGUUCAUGGCGAUACCGGUCUAACUGGAUUCGUGUAUACUGGACAGAAUUCGCCUGUCUCAAAACCCAGAGCCUCGAAUUUCACACCAUACCGGUUCGCAAAUACUGUCGGGGGCCCGAUGAUAGACCAUCGGCUUCCCGACGGUCAAUGUGGUCCUUUCAAUCAGGAAUCAGAUUUCAACAACCAUCUGGUCCACAAGUACGUGGGAUCCACGACCAGAGAGGAGAUUGCUCCGGUCCAUUCCCGACAGCAUCAAUCUUUCUUCACUCAUGCGGACUUCCAUCCCUCUAACAUUCUGAUUGACCGAGGUCGUCUGUCAGGAAUCAUCGAUUGGGAAUGCGCGGGGUACUUCCCUGCGUACUGGGAGUUCACGAAGGCGAUCUACGGCGUGGAAAACAAUGAACCUAUGGAGAAGAUGAUGCGCGCUGCGUUUCGCGGGGAGGAUUUUGAAGACGAGCUCAAAGCAGAAAAGUUACUCUGGAGAGAAACGCCGCUUGGUCUGUAG